AAACACACGGUAUUCCUGUCGGGCGUUGAGAGAUUAUCACCAUGAAGUUCUUCAGUCUGCUGUCGCUAGCGUGCGUGGCGUGCAUGGCCCUGGCCGCUCCCGUAGAGCAGGAAGGGGCCAUGAUGACGGCAUCAUGCGUCGACCCUUUCGCAGUCAGCGCCGCCGGGUUGGCCCUCGGCAAGAUCAACAUGGACCGCCAGGAGGGCUACGUCCUGGCCCUGCACCGCCUCGCCAACGUCAACCAGAUGGCACACGCAGAGACAGGAGUUGUGUUCUACCUUACCAUGGACGUUGUGGAGACAGACUGCCAUGUUCUCACCAAGGCAAACUGGAAGAAUUGUUCACGGCGACCCAUGGAGGAAACCCCGGUGUAUGGACAGUGCAAAGCUGUCAUCUACAUCAACAGGCCACAAAGGGUGGUGCGCCUUUACACAUACAAGUGCUUGAUCAGGCCAGUUCCAGCUUUAGGGCUUUUGGUGAUUUGCCCCGACUGCCCGACUCACAGUGCCUUUGAUAACACUAACAUCCUGAAGGCUAUGACCCUCUCCCUGGACAAAUUCAACAAGGAGAGUGGCCUCUCACAUCGCUUCCUUCCAGGCAAGAUCAGCCGUGCUGUGUCACAGGGAGGUAUUAUGGAGGCCUACAGAGUUGAAUACACCAUCCAGGAAUCCACCUGUGCCCCCGGCGAUGUCAGCUCUCAAAAUUGUCCCCUGAUGGAUUGCGAGUUUGCACACAAGGGAUUCUGCAAAGGUUCCCACGCAAUCAGCCAUGGCGAAGAGUUCUUGGACGUUGCUUGUACACUCUAUGAGUCUGAGUCUGCUGAGAAGCAGAAGACGCUCCAUAAGCUGGGAGGAGAGACGGACCACAGCCACACCGACACAGCCUCAAUACCCCAUGACCACGCCCACUCACAUGACCAUGCCCACGACCACACCAAGGGAGACCCAGCACACGCUGGCCAAGGGAGCCCGCAUAUGCACCCCAACCCCCACACCAACACCCACUCCCACGCCCACGACCACACACCUGGCCAAGCCCACGACGCCGACCACGUGCACUCCCACCACGCCAAAGCGCACAAUCACACAGGCGACAGCCCCAAACAGCAUCACCAGUACGCUCACGACGACGACGUGCACAGCCACGACCACGACCACGACCUGGCCCUGGACCACGACCACAAACACGCCCACCUGCAUGAGCAUGAACACCACCACCACCACCACCACGGAGAUGCCGGCACCCCCGCCAAGCAUCCCCACCACCCAGACGGCGUGGUGCUUUUGUUGCCCGCCAUGGGCGAUACCACCACCACCACCACUUUCCCCCCCGAGAUGGCAACCACGAAGCCCGACAUCGCUGACCCUGACAUCAUGGGCCAGACUGAGCCUGCCAUCCUGCCUUUCCCCGGCUCCCAAGCGACAGCCUGCCCCGGCCCUCUCACCGAAGGGGCCGGUAACCCGCUAGUAGACAAGGCCUUCGCCGAUGAUCCCCUGUUCAAGCCUGCUGCAUAAUGAACUCAUGAACUAAUCGGAAAAACAUACACAUUUGCGCGCACACACACACACGACACACACAUACACAGAUAUACUCACAAACACGAGUUCAUACAUAAGCCAUUGUGUAUCUGUGAUUGAAAAUAAUGAAUAAUGUACUGUUGUUCACAGACUUGCUCUCCCCUCACACUUGCUGUUGUCCCUGUAGUUGAAUUAAAAUGUUCUAUCUCCUCACAAAGAUAAACACUGGCAUUAGCAUAAAGUCUGGCAUUGAAUGCAUUUGGUUAAAUUAUUUCACUUUUAUGUUAGAUUGAUGAUUGAUACAUUCCAUGAUGAUUUAUUCUGAGUUCAGCUGCUGGCAAAGUCAAUAUUCUUGGUCGUAAACAAAAACACAAUGGUAUCAUCAAUGAUCAAUCAGUUUGCUUAUCUAUUUCAAUCAGUUCAUUAUAUUUUUCGGAAAAACAAUUGUGCUGCUUUUCCUCUAUAAAGUACAAUAAUAUAACUUUUGAUUUGUCAAGAUAAUUCUUUAAACAUUUCUUUCUUCAGGCCUAUGUAUUUUGUUUAAAGGAUAGUUGUAUGAAUAUAAAUGUUUAGAAAUAAAUCACAUUUGACCAAUACUUAAUAAGAAAUAAUAACCAUUAUUGUGACUUUAAUUAAGUAACCAAACACUGUAGGUGUCUCCCAUAUGCUAGGAGGAAAAGUAUAUACCUAUACUGUAUCGGGAAUACCUGAAGAGAAGUGGAAUAAUAGAACAAGCAAGUCAUAGGUAGGGUAUACCUUUAUACACUAUACAUACAAACUGAAGGCUUGACCACAUAAUAUGUAGAAAAAGAUGGUUGAGUAAAGAACGAGGGCAUUUUCUGCUUCCCUGGAUUACAAACAGUUACAUAGUACAAGCCAGUCUCGACAUUCAACGCCUUGGUAUUGUAUAACCAGUUUUAUUCCAACAUGAUAAAUGCAAUGGUAAAGGCUAGUAAAGUGAUGGCUGAAUUAGCCCUCUCUGUGGUGAGGUCAUUUUGUGAAAGUCUGAAUGUUUUUUCUGGCAUUGAUAUCACUGUUUGUUGCGGUUUGUUCUAAAUCAAUGUUAGUGUUCCCUUAGUGCACUCCAUAGCUAUUGAUUUUUUCCUCAUGCAGCCAUUGGUGCAGAGCCUGGCAGCAGUUGUUUGCUAAAGGGGGGUUAAGUCCAGCAGAAGCAAUUUUUCUUCUCUAAAUUUUAACCUUGUUCUACCAAAAAUCUUGUCCCUCUGCCAGCCCAGGUUGCUACUGGUUAUUUCAGAAGAACUUGCUAAAUAUGACUCGCCCUUCCAUGUUGGGAAUUUUGUUUGUGGUCCCAAUGUGCACUGGAAAAAGGGUUUUAAGCCGUACUUCAUCUGAUUAUUAUUUUGUAAUUCAAUUCAAAUGAA